AUGAUGAAUAGUACUACUAUUACUACACAAACAACAAUAACAAGUUCUUUAACUGUUAUUCAAAAUUUAAUUACUCAGUAUACAUUUACAAUAAUAUUUAUUAUUGGAAAUUUCAGUAAUCUAGCUAAUAUAUUAGUAUUUCUUGAAAAAACAUUACGAUUAAAUGCAUAUUCAUGGUAUUUUGAAUUUGUAUCACUUGGUCAUUUAAUAUUUCUCUAUUUUAGAUGUUUAACAAGUAUAAUAACAGCUUGGUCAGGUUAUGAUUUAACUCGAACAUCAAUUAUAUAUUGUCGAAUUCGAAUUUAUUUUUUAACAAUUAGUUUACUUAUGGCACGUUAUUUCCUAUGUUUUAUAUCCAUUGAUCGAUGGUUAAUUAUAUUUGGUUUAAGUUUUUGUAUAUUAUUCAGUAUAAAUUUUCCAAUAUGGUAUCAAAUUGACGGAAGUAAAGGUGGUAUUGGAGUACCAAAUACAUUCUAUCCAUUAUUUUAUACAAUCUAUAAUUUAGUUAUAACAAUUGGACCUUUUUUUAUAAUGAUUUUAUUUAGUUUGUUACUACUUCGUAAUCUUCGACAAGGACAUCGUCGACAAGUUAUUGCAAGAACACAAACUAAUACUGUUAGAUUAUCAAUAAAUGCAGGUCAACAAUUUCAUCGAAAAGAUAUACAAUUUAUUAAACUAUCAUUUAUUCAAGUAUGUCUUUAUAUACUUUGUAAUGCAUUCUAUGGUUAUAAUGCUACAUAUGCUUUUAUAACACAAUCAACAAUAAAAACUGCUGAACAAGUUGCUUUUAAUUCAUUUCUUAGUACUAUUGGAUUAAAUAUUAACUAUUUAUAUAUGGCAAUAACUUUCUUCUUAUAUACAUUAGUAUCAAGUACAUUUCGAAAAGAAUGUUUUUUAACUAUCAAACGAAUUGUACAUUAUAGAUUUCAUUGA